AAACUUCGCUCUAACUUUUAUUGCCUUCACAUGUUUAGACGCUAUGCCAAGUGAUAGACUACUGGGGGGGGGGGGGGGGUAGGCUAUUUAAAUAGGUCGUCGCGUCAACUGUUACAGUGUAUUGUCCUGCGCGUGACAUUGUUUCAGAUGAAACAUAAAAUCAAAUUUGUAACAUCAGACAAACUGCACGUACGCCUGUGGGAGGGCACAAAAAAAGUCUAAUUCCAUGGAGGCGUCAACCGCCGGUGAGUUCUUGCUCCGGCUGACAGUUGCGCCUCCCAUGCAUGUACUUGGAUGGCUGCAGUCGCACGAAUGGCGCCCUCGUUCGCAGUUAGCAGUCAGUUGCUGCCUGACCACGGAAGGGAAGGAACAACGCAGCCAUCUUGAGGACAAGUCUAAACAUCGAAAAAACAAUAUAUAUUCUUUCUGACGGCAUAUGCUUCGCCUAAACACGAACAAUAUGCAUAAACGACUAGUGUUGUUCCAGUAGAACGCGGUUCUGCUCGAAUGUAGUGCCUCAAUUCAGUUUAGUCCCCUUAUCUAUCGAGCAGUCGAUGGCACUGAAAUGCAUUCAGAAUGCAAUGUUCAGCCAUUUGUCCCACUCUUUAAAUCUAGCCAUAACCAAUCACAGUAGCCCGGAAUCUCUGUGUCAGUGACGAUUUACCCAAUCGGCGCAUGCGUCUUACGAGCGAGCGUAGCUGAGUAAAGAUGGCGGCGGGCUCCGAUUUGCUGGAUGAUGUUUUCUUCAACACGGAGGUGGACGAGAAAGUAGUUAGCGAUAUAGUUGGGUCUUUAGAGUCUGAGCUUACUGGAUCAGGUCACGGAAACUCAGCGGUCAGGGUUCAAGGUGUUGGAAACCACAUCAAUAACUCGUCUGGGAGUGCUAAUUCCAGUGUCCAGGACAACAAAAUGGGACUUGCACAAGAGCUUGUAAAAGCAGGCGCCGGAGUGCCAGGGGGUGUCAUUAAUAAUACGAGGUCCCAGGGUUCAACUAUGGAUGCAGCAGUGGGGACCACAUCAGCGGCUGGGUCGGGUAUGCAAGUGGAGAUUAACCAAGGCAAAGCAGGGGCUGGCAACGCUGUUCUUACGGCCAUUCCUAACCAUGGAGCUGGCUGUGGACAAAAAGGGACGUCUGGCAUGCCAACUUUGAAUGGAAGUAACGUGGUGAUAAACUCUCACAGUUCAGGAAGUGUUCCCGCUACCCCAGGGACAACAGCGAGCUCAAUCAACAGUGUCAGCAGCACCGUCCCUGCUGUCACAGUUGUCAACAACGGACCUGGCUCCGUGGUGAAAGGGCAAACAAUAGUUUUACCUACUUCUUCUAGCACUGUAAUUCAGACAUCUUUAAUGAACACACAGAAUGCGGUCACUUCGACUGUGAUUUCUUCUCAAACUUCAUGUUUAACCACCGGACCCACCGUCACACUAGUGAGGCCGCCUAUGCAAUCGCCCGGACCGGUUACCACGCAAAAUGGGAGUAAUAACUCAGUUUUGACUGCAAACGUCAAUGUUGCGCACUUGGCACUCUCGAAUACUUCAACACCUGUUAGUUCUGUCCCUCAGAUCAACAAGUCGGAGUCACCGAAAACUAUUAUUCAAACGACGACUCAGACCGGGUCUCCCACUGUUGUUGCGAGUCCAGGAAACCUGACUCUAGGACAGACGAUGCAAAGCACACUGCAGCCCGGUACAACUGGAACUGUUUCUGGAGUUGGAAAAAGCCCAAUUUUGCAAAAUGUGACGAGAACUUCUGUUCCGACCACUAUCACUGCCAGUCCAGGUGGUAUACGUGCGAUUGCCCCUCAAGUGCUGGCUCCUAGGUUACCAAAUACUCAGCAGAGUCAGCCAAACAUCCAGAAUAUCCAGCUUCCUCCAGGUAUGGUUCUGGUGCGCAGUGAGAGUGGACAGUUACUGAUGAUCCAUCAGCACACGUUGGCACAGAUGCAGGCUCAGUCCCAGGGUGCCAUGGCAACACGACCUGCCACUCCCACGAGCUCUCCACCUGUUCAGAUCACCUCUGUGCAGGCCCCCGGCACUCCCAUCAUCGCUCGCCCAGUGACCCCCACGACCAUCAUCAAACAAGGCUCCCCAGCUCAGACCACUGUGCAGGCCACCACCGCACUCCAGAGACCUCCAGUCCUGCAGAACAUCAUGUUGGGUACGGGCACUGCCCCCACUGUCGGAACGCCACCCCCAGUGCAGCCUGGGAAGGCGGCGGCUCAGAAGGUAGUGGCGCCCAGAGUCCUCGCUGCUACAACUACGGAAACCCUGGAGAAUGUGAAGAAGUGUAAGAACUUCCUGUCCACACUCAUCAAGCUGGCGUCAAGCGGGAAGCAGUCUUCGGAGACGGCUGCCAACGUGAAGGAGCUGGUCAAGAGCCUCCUGGAGGGGAAGAUCGAAGCGGAGGACUUCACCAGUCGACUGUACCGGGAGCUGAACUCCUCCCCUCAGCCCUACCUCGUGCCUUUCCUCAAGAGGAGUCUCCCAGCCUUGCGUCAGAUGACCCCGGACUCGGCCGCCUUCAUCCAGCAGAGCCAGCUUCAGCAGCAGCAGCCGCAACAGCAGUCGCAAGGCCAGCCGGCCGCCCAGCCCACCUCCACUGCCCUCACCGCCGUGGUGCUGGGUGGCUCGGCCGCCACCCAGCGUGCCGCCAUCCAGCCCGCCCCGGCUGCCCACAUAAAGACCGCCGCUGGCACCGUUGCCAUCACCACCACCCCGUCGCCGCAUCAUCCGGUCAUCAGCUUGGCUCAGACGGGCCAGAACAAGACCAACCUGCAACCCCAACAGCAGGGUGCCCUGCGGCCCCAGGUGACCAUCGCUCAGACCUCCAUGGUGACCCUCAGGGGCCAGCCGCACAACCGCAUGUUCACUCCCCAGACGGUCGUCAAACAGCUCUCUGCAGGCUCUUUGAUUAGGCCUGGUCUUGCCCCUGGAGCUAAAGUGGUGUCCAUAUCGGGCCAACACACUCUGGCCUCAGCUGCCCAGAAAAACAAACAGAAGGAGGCAGGUGGAGGUUCCUUCAGAGAUGAUGACGACAUUAACGAUGUGGCCUCCAUGGCCGGGGUGAAUCUGUCGGAAGAGAGCGCCCGCAUCCUGGCCACCAACUCUGAGCUUGUGGGGGCGGUGACCCGCUCCUGUAAGGACGAGGCCUUUCUCUUCACGGAGUCGCUCCGACGGAAGAUGCUGGAAAUCGGGCGGAAGUAUGGCAUCUCAGAGCUGGGCCCGGAUGUCAUCAACUUUGUGUCUCACGCCACCCAGCAGCGGCUGCAGAACCUUCUAGAGAAAGUGUCCGAGGUUGCCCAGCAGAAAAAUAUCUCUUAUAAGGAGGAGGAGCGGUAUGACCAGGUCAGUGACGUCCGAACGCAGCUCAAGUUCUUUGAGCAGCUGGAUCAGAUGGAGAAACAGCGGAAGGAGGAGCAGGAGAGGGAGAUCCUCAUGAAGGCUGCUAAGUCGCGGUCACGUCAAGAGGACCCAGAACAGCUCCGGCUCAAACAGAAGGCCAAAGAGAUGCAGCAGCAGGAGUUGGCUCAGAUGAGGCAGAGAGAUGCGAACCUGACUGCCUUAGCCGCCAUUGGGCCCCGGAAGAAACGGAAAGUAGAGUCCCCUGCCAGUGGAGCAGGAGCAGAGGGUUCGGGGUCCGGCUCGGCGGCGUCGGGAACAUCGGGGGCCAGUGGCUCGAGGCAGUUCACCCGCCAGCGGAUCAUCCGGGUCAACCUCAGGGACCUGCUGUUCUGCCUGGAGAACGAGCGCGAGACCAGCCACUCACAUCUCCUCUAUAAGGCCUUUCUCAAAUAGCACCAUCUGUUUUCCCCCACGGACCCCAGUCACUACCACCACCACCACAGCCCCAGCCUCGGUUUUUACUCACCUACAUCAGGUCCCAGGCCCACCCACCCUUAUCUCUUGUCAUGGCCCAUUCAGGAAUCUAAAAGGGGACCUGGGUCUCCCCUCACUGAAAAACAGAAUGAGAGAAAGGGGGGUAGAAAACCCAGAAACCCAUACCCCCUACUCCUCAAGGCAAAAAAGAGAGCUCACUUAAAAAAGGUUAAGCAGUUGGGUCCUCACCUUUUAAGUGCAGUUGACAUCACCUCUGUUCCCUACACCCCUCUUCCUACAAUAUUUUUUUUGUUUAAGCUCACAUUGUUGGGUUUUUUAAUUUGAGUUUUAUUUGUAUUUUAUUUAAUUUUAUUUUAUUUUAUUUGAAGUAGAGUGCUUCCUGAGAAGUCUCCAUCUGAUGUACACCUUGGCUGAGUUCCCUGUAUGUCUGCUUCGAUGAGGGUCUCCUGACAGGACACCCAGAGGGGCACUGCGCUCUCUCUUUCUCUCUCGCUCUAUAACCUGCUUCCUCACUCAACAGCCCAGCCUUGAGCAGACUGAGGGUUACAAAACCUCCAGCAAACAGGCAAGCCUGGCACGGGGAAUCUGCAGGAUGUCCUACUGCUUCUUAACUUCUGAUGGAUUAACACCUUUUUUAAAAAAAAGAAAACAAAAGUAGAAAAAGAGAAACAAAUGGAUAAACAAAACAUUUUUUUUUUUUUUUUUUUUUAAUUAAGUCGUCGACAUGAGUCUAUUCACAAAGAGUAAGCGCCUUUUGUUGGACAGGCUAGUACAUGAAAAUUGAAGAGACUUCACUCAUCAUGUCAAACUCACUCGUUUUAUAAUCCUACUAAUCUUGUUCAGAGUCACGGUGAGGCGAGCUAAGGGACAGUUUUUAUAUUCAGCCCUUUUUCUACGACAUUUCAGAGCCGACAGAUUCUUUUAACUGGAAAUGUUUUGUCUUUUUUUAAACUAAGUUGCCUUCUUGCCAAAAUAAGCCAUAUAAUUAUUAUUCUGUAUCUUUUCUCUGAAGGCUGAGCAAUUAAGCAAUUUUCUUUCUUUCUUUCUUUCUUUCUCUCUCUCUCCUCCCUGUCUUUCUCUUUUCUCAUCUCUCAUUUCCAUCUGAUGUAGCAUCAGUCUGAUUACUCAUCCACAACACAAUUUUCCAGUUUGUUCUCACAUUUUGCGUUGGUCUCUGAUUUGGCAAGUUUAUUUAAUCGUCUGUUUUGUGUGAUGUUUAACCUUUUUGUUGCUAAUUCAGUUGUAAUGAUUAUUUAUAUGUUGGUGCAUUUUUGGUUUUGUUUGGAGAUUAUAUAUAAAUAUAUAUUCACAUACACAUGCGAAAGUAUACCUAAUGUAUAUAUGUAAUCACCACAACUCCUCAAGUUCCCAUUGCAUGGGGCAGGAUGGCUCUAGUCCACUGUGUGAACGUUUAAAAAAAAAAAAAAAAAUAAGCAGAAGAUGAAUGAAAUGUGGAAGACAAGCCCUAAGAUUAUUUUAAUACACAAUAAGAAAUGUUGUUAAAUCAUGAACUUUUCUGACUGCACUGUCCCUGGAUGGAGAUUGACUGCCUCUUUCGGUCAGGCUGUGUCUUUUCAAAACUUUGGCAACAGAAGAGAACGAAACACCCCCACCGCACAUACACCCCACCCCACAUCCAUGAUCAUGGACUGCAUCCUCUGAUGGAUCAGAUUUUGCAAAUCAGACUAUUUAAUUGCCAGAGGGGGAGGGGGGUGGGGCUGUUUGUACCUAUUUUUUUAGCGCACAUACUAACUGGUUCCUUAUAUAUUUUCACAGGUUAUAUUGUAUGAAACGUUGUCUAUGGAUAAAGCUUUUAUGAUUUGUACAUACUUCAGUUAGUUUUUCAUACUGUCCGUGAUGAGGUGAUUCUUCAUGAACAGAACUGAUUCUUGCUCACUGUCAGACUCCUGUCAAUUAGUCAGUAUUGUCUUAUUUUUCGAGAUGAUCACCUUGGUAACUGUUACGACCCCCCCCCCCCCGCCUCCCUUUCAGAAA